CAGUGAAACAGCUCCUAAGUACUCGUUUUUACCCCAGAUCGAGGAUUGGUAAGGACUUUCGUCAUACCACGUGAGCAAAAUCCAAAGUACAAAUCAGUCAACUGUCACUCUGUCCCCAGCAUUAAUCUACGAUAAACCCGACGACGCUAAGAUAAAUCAAAUAAUAAAAAAUAUGUGGAAAAAAUUGAACUCAGUAAAACACAUUUUAUCGUUGUAUAUUUGUCUUCCUCGUUGCUGCAGCGAUAAAAAAUUGAUGCCGCAGGUGACCCAUGAACCGUGGAUCUCGCGAAAUAACCACUUGUAGUGAGUCACGGUUUUGAUAUUCCGCGUGUGCGACGCAGAAAUUAAAUUCGCAUUGAGAAUAUUUUUUUUUUUUUCAAAUUCCUUUUAUAUUGAUUCCACUGCAUUAAACAAUUAUCAGGACUUUCUAGUUUUCUCAUGUCCACUUGAUCCUGUCACCCGUCAGCUGUCACAGUGACGUAUUUUCUCCAAGAACUUCUCUCUAGACCGGUGUAUGUAAGACUCUUUCAUGGAAGUGACUAAUGCGAUAUCGAGUGUGCCUGAACAGCUCAGCUGUAUCGAAUUCCAUUUGUCGCUGCUGCUGGUCAUACUCGGGGAGUAAAAAAAUCACGGAUAAAAAUUGAAGAAGGAAAAAGGGGAUUACAGUGUCGGUUCAGGCGCAGAACUCAGGCAUGAGCAUCCGCAUCACUCAAAAUGUCGUUCACUCGUAUCUCCGUGAUCGAUAAAUAAUCCGCAGAGGAAACUAAUAUCCCCGAUUGGAGAAAACAAUUUUCUGGAUUCUAUCAUCGGGGAACUUCUUCUCGAGGUGCAUUAAGGAGAAUGAGGAUGUUUUAGAGAAAAUUGAUGCCGAUUUUAUCACUCCACGAGCAUUAUUUUUCCAUUGAAGUCGAGCCCUGAGGAGAUCGAACACUCAAUUCCCAGAAAAUCAACGUAACUGGCAGUUAUCCACCGUUACCUGCAAAUGGAAAUAAUGUGUAAGAGGUCGAACUCCAAAACCACCCGACAUCUUGGAAAAUUGUGGCGUCUCGGAGUGUCGAAGGGUGUGAAUAUAUUUCUGCAUUAUUUAUCUGACAAUUGUCAUUUAAUUAAUUGAGCCCUGAGUGAAGGGCACAGGCGGUGACAAUGGCUGAGUACCUGGCCUCAAUUUUUGGUACAGAAAAAGACAAAGUAAACUGCUCGUUUUACUUCAAAAUUGGAGCCUGUAGACAUGGGGAUCGAUGCUCCAGGAUUCAUAACAAACCGACGUUCAGUCAGACUUGUUUGCUGCAGAACUUAUACGUGAACCCACAAAACUCAGCAAAGAGUGCCGAUGGCUCCCAUCUGGUGGCGAAUGUUUCGGACGAGGAGAUGCAAGAGCACUACGAUAAUUUUUUCGAGGACGUUUUCGUCGAGUGCGAGGACAAAUACGGAGAAAUCGAGGAGAUGAAUGUAUGCGACAACCUCGGAGACCAUCUCGUGGGAAAUGUUUAUAUCAAGUUUCGCCGAGAGGAAGACGCGGAGAAGGCGGUUAAUGAUCUUAAUAAUAGAUGGUUCGGAGGACGUCCAGUUUAUGCUGAACUUUCGCCUGUUACGGAUUUUAGGGAGGCCUGCUGUCGUCAAUAUGAGAUGGGAGAAUGCACAAGAUCUGGUUUUUGCAAUUUCAUGCACUUGAAGCCAAUAUCUCGAGAGCUGCGUCGUUAUCUGUACAGUCGUAAAAAGGGUGGAGGCAGUGCAAAAGGACGCUCGAGAUCUCGUUCUCGAUCGCGCGGUCGCGAUCGCAAGAGGAGAUCUCGAUCUCGUGAGCGCAGAUCACGAUCCAAGGAGAGACGCAAGGGCCGAGACGACAAAGGCAGGGAUGGACGCUCCGGAAGAUAUUAACACAUGAUCGAUGUCUCAAUUCUCAACGUAUUCCAGAAUUUCAUGAUUACUUUUAAUAAAAAUGAAUUUAAUGAG